AUGGGUGCAUGGGGGGCUAAGAUCUUUGAGAACGACGGAGCCUUGGAUCAAUUAGCGGAUUUGACCAAGAACGAGCAGUCUCCCUUGGAAAGCAUUGUCCAGGGCCUCAUGGAAGUGUUAUCGUCGGAAUACGUAGACAGUUAUGAAGGCGAAGGCAUUCUCGUGUUGGCAGUAUUUGUGAUAGGAUUCAAGUCCCGCAGCUAUUUGAAAGAACAGCGAGGGAAGAAUGUGCCCGAAUAUUUGUAUGAACCCAUCAACCGAUUCCUUGACAAGUACCAAUCUAGCUGGGACAAGGAUAUUCGCACCAAGACUUAUACCACCAAGCUCUUGACGGUGGAACAAUUGACGUUGAGCACGAUAGCUGUAGUCAACUCCGAGAAAUCAGAAUUGUACGAGCUCUGGGGGGAGUCAGACAUGGCAGAAUGGCAAGAGACGCUCGAUACGUUGACGAAUGAAUUGAUGAACCUUACGGCGAUCUGA